ACCAUUAAAGCACAUGAUGUAAACAUGUCAGAUGACUGCAAUGGACGUCGCACGAACUUAUAAUUAAAAUCGUUUGAGCUAUUGUAUAUAGGAGUAUAAGGAAUUUGUACAGGGUUAAUAAUGGCCCAGAUGAUAAAAGUACCUUCUGAAAAAUACAAAUAUUUCAGAUUGAACGAUGUACAUGCACAUUCCCCAAUUUAUUGUGAAAGUGAAAGUAGACGACCAAUUAAUUCAUGGACGCAGAAUGGCCGUAAAAACUUUGUUAAAACUAUCAUAACGAUACUCGCAGCGUGUGGGUUAGGUGUUACUGGAAUUCUGUUUGCAUUUGGUGUAUUUGAUUUACAAUGUCAGGAAAGUGCUGUAUCUGUAACUUCGCCAGUCACGGUUAAUGCAUCAAACUUAAACAAUCAGCUGCUAUUGCCUGCCUUGAAUAUUGAUGCUCCCCAAUGUGGAAACAUCCCCCAGGAGUCUCGCCAAGACUGCUGGCCGGAAGAGAAAGGGACGUCUCAACAGGGGUGUGAGGCCAGAGGAUGCUGUUGGUUACCUGCUGGCUUCAGUAUGAAAAGGAGGCUGGGUAAUGUGCCAUGGUGUUUUUAUCCUACCAAUUACAAUGGUUACAUGGUAACCAGUGUAGAGAAGAUUACUGCUGGCACUCGUGCACAACUACAGCUGUCCAGGCCUUCAAGCUGGCCGAAUGAUGUCCAGAAACUGUAUGUGGACAUUGUGUCGGAGACAAAGACCAGGCUCAAUGUGAAGAUUUAUGACCCAGCCAAUACACGUUAUGAAGUGCCAGUGACGCUGAACAAGGAGCAGACAACAGAUUUUACUGACUUUGACGUGUCUGUUCCCACACAGGGACCCUUCAGCAUCACUGUCACUAGAAAAUCCUCCGGACAAGUCAUUUUCAGCAGCAUGGGUCAGGCCCCAUUGAUGUUUGCAGACCAGUUCCUGCAGUUUGGUACCCAGCUCAGCUCCAAGUACAUAUAUGGGCUUGGGGAGCACAGGGGGGCAUUCCUGGUCAGCACCAACUGGACAAAGAUGGCCUUUUGGGCCCGAGAUGAACCACCCUCAAGACAUUCCAAUUUGUAUGGGGUUCAUCCAUUCUACCUGAAUGUUGGAAAGAAUCAUGAUGCCCACGGGGUGUUUCUCGUCAACAGCAAUGCCAUGGAGGUUGAAGUUACCCCAGAACCAUCCGUCAUCUACCGCACUACUGGAGGUAUUCUCGACUUCUACAUAUUUACUGGCCCCUCUCCAGACAAUGUGGUCCAGCAGUACACACAGCUUAUUGGACGUCCCUUUAUGCCUCCCUAUUGGGCUCUGGGUUUCCACCUGUGUCGCUGGGGCUAUGGUGGAACAGCCGGUCUCAAAACAGUCAUUAAAAGGAUGAGGGAUGCUAACAUGCCCUAUGACACACAGUGGAACGACAUUGACUACAUGCGUGAUCACCUGGACUGGACAUACGAUAGCACACAUCAGUUCCGGGGACUGCCUGAUGUUGUACAGGACCUUCAUGACCAUGGCCAACACUACAUCAUGAUCAUUGACCCCGGUAUCAGUAACAGCCAGCCAAAAGGCACCUACAUCCCGUACGACGACGGACUCAAGCGGAAUGUCUUCAUCAAAACUCCAGAUGGAUCUCAGCCUAUCAUUGGAAAGGUAUGGCCAGGAACAACAGCGUAUCCGGAUUUCUACCACCCCAAUGCCUCAGACUACUGGUAUACGCAUGCUAAGGCCUACCAUGACAUAGUGCCUUUUGAUGGAAUAUGGAUUGACAUGAAUGAGCCAUCCAACUUUGUAGCUGGUUCCACCGCAGGUUGUCCCAACAACAACCUUGAGAACCCACCCUGGCUGCCACCAGUAUUGUUGGGUGGUACCUUGCGGGACAGGACGCUGUGUGCCUCCGCCAGCCAGUACGUCUCCACCCACUACAAUCUUCACAGUCUUUAUGGACACAGCGAGGCCAUCGCCACAAAACAGGCUCUAGACAAGAUCCUAGGAGGAAACAAAAGGAGUAUUGUGAUAUCACGGUCCACUUUCCCAACCACUGGGGUGCAUUCAGGACAUUGGUUGGGCGAUAACAAUGCAAAAUGGGACGACACCUACUACUCAAUUCCUGGUAUCAUGAACUUUAACCUAUUCGGGAUCCCAUUGGUUGGUGCUGAUAUCUGCGGCUUUAACGGCAACUCUAACCCUGAAUUGUGCAUGAGAUGGAUGCAGCUUGGAGCAUUCUAUCCCUUCAUGCGCAACCACAACACUAUUGGAAACAAGGACCAGGACCCGGCCUCAUUUGACACAGCCACCCAAGACAAGAUGCGUGAUGCCCUCCUGUUACGUUACAAGCUCCUACCCUACCUGUAUACGCUGUUCUACAUCAACCAUGUUGAGGGGACACCUGUGAUUAGGCCAAUCUUCUUCCAGUAUCCAGAGAGUGCAUACAAUGUGAGUUACAUGGUGGAUACCCAGUUUAUGUGGGGAGACGCUCUGCUUGUUACACCCACCACUUCACAGAACACGUACAAGGGUCUGGCUUACCUGCCAAAAGAUCGCUGGUAUGACUGGUUCAACCAAUCAUACAUUGACUCCGCCGGCUACAUGGGGGACUUUGACCUGCCCAUGGAGCACAUUAACCUCCAGGUGCGGGGUGGGGUCGUCAUCCCUCUCCAGGCCCCUAACGUCACCACCACUCUCUCUCGAAAGAACCCAUUUUCCUUGUUGGUGACCUUGACCUCAACUGGCAGUGCCAAGGGACGCAUGUACUGGGAUGACGGAGAGUCACUCAACUCCAUAUCAGACAAGAAGUACAAUUUGAUCAACUUUAAUGUUUCUCAGCACAUGUUGAGUUCAGAGGUAGUGUACCGGGGGUACACGGGGGAGGUGAUUACCCUGGAGCAUAUCACCAUACUGGGGGUAGAGAUAGCUCCCACAUCAAUCACCGUCAACGGGCAGGUCCUCACUGCCGGAUACACUUACAAAAAUAAGGUGUUGGAGAUAAACAGUCUGACAGUGGACCUUCUCCAGCCCCUGACCAUCAACUGGACAGUCUAGUCAGAUCAUACUGGCCACCGUUUGUCAAUACACUGGUCAGCCUCUCCUGCUGAUCCUAUUUGUGUUGUUGUAUCAAGUUAAUUGUUACUUUGAAAUAAGUUAGAUGAAUGUUAAGUUGUACAUUGCAUUUUUAUACAUUUAUAGCCUGCACUAAAGACUGUAUAGGAGUUGUCUGAAAUGGUUAUGAUGGAUUUGAUUGUGGUAACUUUUUUAUGAUUGAAUUUGUGCCAUUGAACAAAACAACGAAUUUCUGGGAAUCGUUGUGUUUGGAGUGUUCAAUUUAUCUGUUUUAACGCAUGCAAUAAGACAAUUACCCAUAAUAUGCAUUAGGACAUUGCAUUCAUAUUUUUGUAUGAAAAAAUUGAUUUGUAUAUGUUAAAUUAAUUCCAAACUUAAGUUAAAAUACCACUUUGAUUGUACACUGUGAUAUGUUUUUGGGCUUUAAUUGUGUGUUCUGUUAUAGUUUUUGAAGACUGAAUUGUUAUGACAUAUGAUCUGAUAAUGAUUUUCAUUCAGGGUUAAAAUUUCUUAAAAUGUGUCAUGUGUUAUUUCAAAUACUACAUGUACAUGUAUUGUGUUCUAAUAGAAAGGCUGCGAUACACAAAGUGUAUGUGAACUUGUACGUGUAGCAACAGGCACUGGUAUAAGUUGCAGAGGAGUUAAAGUUGUAUACAUUAUUUCUCAUGAAACUUGUAAUUUUUUACUCUGGCUUUCUUUGACUUUCUUGUACUGUUAUUGCAUACAUCACUUUUCUCCUGCUAUCAUACUUAUAAUUUUAACUUUCAAUUAUGUGGACAUGGAUGAUGUAGUGCAGAAAAAAAGGGAACACAUACAUGAACCCUUACAAAUAAUGUUUUGCAACCUCUAUAUUCUAUCAAAGGAAAUACUUAAUACUUCUAUGCUUGUUUAAUAUUAUGAGCUCUGCUUCAGACUGUUAGAAUAUAUGCUAAAUAGUUGAUGGUUUGUAAGAUGCUUAAGGUAAUAUUUAUGCUUGUUGGUGCAUUGUUGGUAAAUCUAUAUUUCUGUCAUUUAUUAUAUGCUUUCUGGUGGUUAUACAGAUUUUUUUAAAUAAAUACUCAUGCUUUAUCACUGUCUAAAACAGUUUAAAUGUAAAUUUGAUAUUUUGUACUGUUUAGAAAUUUUCCUGCGUUCACGUCCAAAUAAAACCUCAGCGAGCACAGUGCUUGGCCAAAAUAUCAUAAUUUCUACAAUGAUGUAAUGUUACAUACAAUUUUGUUGCUUUUUUCUGAAAACUUUAAUUAAAUGUCUCAUACGCCCCCCAAACAAUGUUUGGGAGAAUAUAUGGUAGUAACCUUGUUGGUUGGUUGAUCCAUCAGUUUUGAUAGGACAAUAUUUCAUGAAAGGGUAUGUAGAUUUAAAUUAUGUUCAGUUAACAUGAAUUGUUUAACAUCAUAAAAAAUACAUGGUCACAAAUUCUGAGGUAAUAUUUUUUUAUCAGUAUCUUAAUCAUGUGCAUUUUUUGUUUUGAUCAUUAAAAUCAAAUGAGUUAAACACAAAAACGCAUUAAAAUAAAAGAUUGCAUCAACUAAUAUUGUGUGCCUUUAAUAAUCAUAAAGUUAUGCAACUUGUUAGACUGAAAUUGAUAUAAAAAAAACAAGUGUUGGGAUCGGCUUGCAGUAUUCUUGGUUUACCCUUUGGCAUAUUCAGCCUGCAUUUCUAAUUCUUGUAUCCUUUUCAAUGGAAAUGGAUUGCAUGAUUAUUUGAUGUCAGCAUUAGUUAACAGCUAGUCAAAUGUUCUAGGUAUUUUUAUUUUCGAUUUUCUCAAUGUAAGUAGGAGUGUUGGUAUUUCAACUCUAGCUGAGGGUUAAGUGGGCAAUUGUUUUACUAUGAAAUGUUUAAAUAUUUUACUGUUUUUCCAGGCUACCUGCUUUUUGAAACAUGUAGGUUCAAGAGCAAUUGCAUAUUUAAGAUUUGUUUAUGUCAUCAGUAAAUUGUGUUUGUUUUUUUUACUUCUAAAAUGUAUAAUUUCUACGCUUUACCAGACGUCAAGAUUCAGGAACAUUCAACAAAGAAAUCAUUUUUCACUCUUUAAUUGCUAAUAACUGUAUAAUAUGUACUAUUUUCACUUUUGAAACGGAAUCAAAAAUAAUUUAUGUGCCAUCUUACUCCAGUUAUAAAUUAGCUUUUUUAAAAUGCAUAAUGAUUGUAAAUAAACGCUUAUUAAAUUG